GCAGAUAGGGAUGAGAGGUACAGAUGAUAUGUUAGACUGAUGGAGAUGAUGAUGGACAGGAGAUUACAGUAGUAAUAUUGCGGUGAAUGGGAGCAAGAGUCUAGGAGACGCAUUAUCAAAUGUUAGGCUGAAGCACGUUUGUAUUGCCAAUCUUCUUAUGGGUUCUGCAGCAAUGGGAGAAAAUACUGUGCACAUAACCUCCUGAUUUGGUAGUGCCGCUUUUUCGGCUGCUUUAAAAAUGUUUCAGUUCCUCUCUCCCACUUUCCCAGUUGUGCUCAGCUUAAUUCAGUUGAUGCAAAAUGGGUACAAAAUGCAAAGAUGGUUUGCAUUUAAUUCAGCGGAAGAGAGAACGAAAAAAGUGGACGGAAUCUUGUCCUUCACUGUAGACUCAGCCAAAAGCAAACUUCUGCGGCUCCUCUUAGUUUGUGUCUUCUUCUUUAUCAACAACAUUGUCAUUUUGACCACACUGAUACUCUGAUGCUGCUUUGUCACACAUAUCCCAGGUUUCAUCUGUGAAAUUUUGGUGGCGGGGAAGGAUGUGUUCAUUUACCUGAAGGUUUGCAGUUUGGAGGUGAGAGAUGAAACCUGGGAUAUGUGUGACAAAGCAGCAUCAGAGCAUCAGUGUGGUCAAAUUUUUUCUUGGUACUCCAAGAUUUGGCUCUGAAAAUUGGAGGCCCAGGUAUCAGCUGAGACCAGGAGUGCUUUUGAACACUUAAAGUUAGUGCUCCAACUACUUACAUUUCUGAAAAAAUCAGAUCUGGCCACAGUAGAAUAUGCCUUGGUUACAUCCCAUUGGAUUACACUAUAAGGAGCUGCCUUUCAAAAGUGCCCAGAAGCUUCAGUUGGUCCAACCAGAUUAUUAACUAGAAGCUGGCUACAGGGAGCACACAACUCUCCUGUUGCAGCAGCUACAUUGGCUGCCGACUUUUCUGGGAACAAUUUGGCUUGUUUUGACUUAUAAAGUCUUAUACGGUUUAGAUCCAAGUUAUUUGGAGGGCAGUAUCUUUUUAUGAGCCUAUCAGAACACUACGAUCCUCUUGAGAGGGCCUUCUCUUUGUCCUACCACUGUAUCUAUCUCAGCUGGUGGGAACAAGAAAAAGGAUCUUCUUGUUGGCUGCUCCAACUUUGGACCUUCUUGGUUAGAGAGGCCAGGUUGGCCCCAUCCCUCCUCACCUUUUGUUGAGGAGCAUGCAAGAUGGGGUCCGUGUUUCGGAGCGAAGAGAUGUGUCUCUCGCAGCUUUUUCUUCAAGUGGAGUCGGCCUAUUGCUGUGUGGCAGAACUCGGAGAGCUGGGCCUGGUUCAGUUCAGAGAUUUGAAUUUGAAUGUGAACAGCUUCCAAAGGAAGUUUGUGAAUGAAGUGAGAAGAUGUGAAUCCUUGGAAAGAAUCCUUCGUUUCUUAGAAGUUGAGAUGGGAGAAGACAUAAAAUUUCAAAAUCCUGGGAAAUACCCUGAGACUCCACUGCCACGAGAAAUGAUUGACUUAGAGGGUGUUUUGGAGAAGCUGGAAGGGGAGCUGCAAGAAGCCAACCAAAAUCUUCAGGCAUUGAAGCAGAACUUUCUCGAACUCACUGAAUUAAAGCAUCUCCUGAAGAAAACCCAAGACUUCUUUGAGACUGAAACUAAUUUGCCUGAUGAUUUCUUCAAUGAGGACACCUCUGGACUUUUGGAACUAAGAAGUACUCCAGCAGCAGUUGCUGCAAAACUGGGAUUCAUAGCUGGGGUGAUCAAGAGGGAGAGGAUGGUGCCUUUUGAGCGAUUGCUGUGGAGAGCUUGCCGGGGAAACAUCUAUCUGAGGUUCAGUGAAAUGGAUACUGCUCUAGAAGAUCCUGUCACUAAAGAAGAAAUGAAAAAGAAUGUGUUCAUUAUCUUCUACCAAGGGGAGCAGCUCAGGUUGAAAAUCAAGAAGAUUUGUGAUGGUUUCCGGGCCACAGUGUACCCUUGCCCAGAGUCGGCUGGAGAGCGGCGAGAAAUGGCUGCUGGUGUGAACACAAGGAUUGAGGAUCUAAACACUGUGAUCAUCCAGACAGAAUCCCAUCGCCAGGGACUAUUGAAGGAAGCAUCUACCAAGUUGUGGAGCUGGCAGAUCAAAGUGAAGAAAAUGAAAGCCAUUUACCACAUCCUGAACUCUUGCAACAUUGAUGUCACACAGCAGUGUGUUAUUGCUGAGAUCUGGUUCCCUGUGCUAGACACAGGCAGGAUAAAAAGAGCUCUGUACCAAGGAAUGGAACGAAGUGGAUCUACAAUCAACCCCAUCCUGACUGCUAUACAGACCAAGAUGGCUCCUCCCACCUUUAACCGAACUAAUAAAUUCACAGUUGGCUUUCAGAACAUAGUCAAUGCUUACGGAGUAGGGAAUUACCGGGAAAUGAAUCCAGCCCCCUACACUAUCAUUACCUUCCCUUUUCUUUUUGCGGUCAUGUUCGGCGAUUGUGGCCACGGCGCUGUCAUGCUGAGCUUUGCUCUCUGGAUGGUCCAAAAUGAGAAGUCCCUUUUAGCACAGAAGGGUAACAGUGAGAUCUGGAACACUUUUUUCGGUGGCCGCUAUCUGAUCCUUCUCAUGGGCAUAUUUUCCAUCUACACUGGCUUCAUUUACAAUGAUUGCUUCGCCAAAUCUUUCAACAUAUUUGGAUCUUCCUGGCAUGUUCGCCCCAUGUUCGACAAAGGAGAAUGGACAGAGAGUGAGAUUCAUAAUGGUGGCUCAUUCCAGCUGAACCCCAAAACCGCAGGUGUAUACUCUGGAAAUCCUUAUCCUUUUGGAAUAGAUCCGAUCUGGAACAUUGCAUCCAACAAGCUGACAUUCUUGAACUCCUACAAGAUGAAGAUGUCUGUCAUCAUGGGGAUCACACACAUGGUCUUUGGGGUGGUACUCAGUAUCUUCAACCAUAUUUAUUUCAGGAAAACCAUCAACAUCAUCUUGCAGUUCAUCCCAGAGAUGAUCUUCAUGCUUUCCCUAUUUGGUUACCUCGUUUUCAUGAUCAUUUUCAAGUGGUGCCAGUAUGAUGUCCACCAUGCUGGAGAUGCCCCAAGCAUCCUCAUCCAUUUUAUCAACAUGUUUCUGUUUAGUUAUGGUGAUCCGACAAAUCGUCCCCUCUAUGAGCACCAGCAAGAAGUACAAACCUUCCUGGUCAUUUUUGCCUUGAUUGCUAUUCCUUGGAUGCUCCUGAUUAAGCCCUUUAUCCUUCGAGCCAAUCAUCAAAAGCAGCAGAGAAUGCUGGUGUCAUCUGAACUGUCUGGGAGUCCCGCAGGUGAUAUCGAGGUAGAUAUCAUGGAUUCUAAGGAACCCAAGAAGGCAAACCACCAUGACCAUGAGGCUGGUGGCCACGGAGGACAUGGUGAUCAUGAGGAAGAGUUCAACUUUGGAGAUAUCUUUGUGCACCAGUGUAUCCACACCAUUGAAUACUGCUUGGGUUGCAUUUCCAACACAGCUUCCUACCUACGGCUCUGGGCUCUCAGUUUGGCUCAUGCACAGCUCUCCGAAGUCCUCUGGACCAUGGUGUUUCAUAUUGGGCUUACUUUCAAUAACUGGGCAGGACUCAUUGUGAUUUUUAUCAUCUUUGCUAUCUUUGCUGCCCUGACAGUAGCGAUUCUGCUUAUCAUGGAAGGCUUGUCUGCCUUCUUACAUGCAUUGAGGCUUCACUGGGUGGAGUUUCAGAACAAAUUCUAUGCCGGAGCGGGUUAUGCAUUCACACCAUUCUGCUUUAGGACCAUCAUAGAAGGAACAGAAGAAUGAAGUCUAUUCAGAGCAUGGAAAUCUGAUCUCCUAGUCUUGCUUCAAUUCUUUUUUUCUUCUAGAGAAUUAAAAACCAUGAUGAAUAAAAACACUGCUUCUCCAUGA